AUGGCGGCCAUGAAGGUCCCGUUGGGGCAGAGCAACGAGCCCCUGACCCUGAACCCGGCGCAGCGGAUGCUCAGCCGUGGCGCCUCGUCGUCGCUGGGGACUCCCAGGACCCCGCCGCCGUCCUACGGGAGCACCGUCACCGUGCUCAGCAUCGACGGCGGCGGCGUACGCGGCAUCAUCCCUGGCACCAUCCUCGCCUUCCUCGAGAAAAAGCUCCAGGAGAUCGAUGAGGACGACACCGUAAGGCUCGCGGACUACUUCGACGUGAUCGCCGGAACGAGCACCGGAGGGCUCGUAACCGCCAUGAUCACCGCGCCCAACGCCCAGGGCCGCCCGCUCUUCGCCGCUAAGGACAUCAACAGCUUCUACCUCCAGCACAGCCCUAGCAUCUUCCCUCCUGCCAGAAAAUGGCCUUUCAGUUUGGGUCUGUUCAAGAGCUUGAUGGGACCCAAGUACAACGGCAAGUACCUCCACAAGGUCGUCAAGGAGCUGCUCGGCGACACGCGGCUCAACCAGACGCUCAAAACCGUCAUCAUCCCUACCUUCGACAUCAAGCUCCUCCAGCCUACAAUCUUCUCAACUUACGAUGCCAUCAAGGAUGUCUCCAAAAACGCUCUUCUCUCGGACGUGUGCAUCGGCACCUCCGCUGCGCCCACCUACCUCCCCGGACACCAUUUCCAGACAAUGGACGGAGAGGGAAAGCCCCGGGACUUCAACCUCAUUGACGGAGGGGUUGCCGCAAACAAUCCUACGCUGCUGGCGAUGACCAACGUAAGCAACCAGAUCCUCAUGGGGAACCCGGACUUCUUCCCCAUCAAGCCCGCUGACUACGGCAAGUUCAUGGUGCUCUCCCUCGGCACCGGCACCUCCAAGAUCGAGGAGAAGUUCGACGCACUGCAGAGCAGCAAGUGGGGCCUUCUCGGGUGGCUCUACAACAGCGGUGCCACGCCCAUCAUCGACAGCUUCAGCCAGGCCAGCUCCGACCUCGUCGACAUCCACACCUCCGUGCUCUUCCAGGCGUUGCACGUCCAUAAACGCUACCUCCGCAUACAGGACGAUGAGCUCAAGGGCGAGACGGCGUCUGUCGACGUGUCCACUCCCGAGAACCUCAACCGGCUCGUCGGCGUCGGCGAGGCGCUGCUCAAGAGGCCGGCGUGCAAGGUGAACGUCGAAACGGGGAAGAACGAGCCUGACCCCAAGAGGGGCACGAACGAGGAGGAGCUCAUCCGUUUCGCCAGUAUGCUCUCGCAAGAGCGCAAGGCCAGACUUGGUAACCAGGAGGGGCUUAAAAUCUAG